AUGGCCGACCCUUCCAUGUAUAACCCGAUGAACCAGCAAUCCGGCGAAGACCCCUCAAACCCAUACGCCCAGCAACCGCCUCAGCAGUAUCCCCCUGGAUAUGCUCCGGGAACCGCGCCUCCCCAGCCAGGGGCACCUUACGCCAACCCAGCUCCAAAUCAAUGGGCCGCCUAUGGCUCACCACAACAACCAGGCUUAGCAAGCCCCGGCGCCGGAUAUAAUGCGCCCCAGCAAGCACCAAUGGGUGGGGCAGGAGACCCAGGGAUGGCAGGCAUUGCCUCUCAGAUGAGUGGUUUAGGAAUUGCAGCGGACACGGGGGCCAGGACACAUCGAAAGAAGCACCGCCAUGCCCACCAUGACAUCGGAGGUGGUGCAGCGCCGCCCGCGCAAGCUUUCAACAACGGAAUGGACCAAGGCAAUCUGCAGCAGCAGCCAUCUCAGUUUCUGAACACGGGCUUGAACCAGCAUGCUGAGCGGCCGGUGUCUCCAGCAGUGGGGUUGGUCUCUGGGCAAUCAGCUGCCCCUCAGAUUCCUGGCAUGCAGACUGGCGCCGGCGCGGUGCCUACCUCAGGACGGAUUGACCCCGAGCAUAUCCCCAGCAUCCCACGAUCACGCGACCUGCCCGCGCAGUACUAUUUCAAUAAUGUCUACCCGACCAUGGACCGACACCUUCCCCCGCCAGCGGCGAUCCCGUUCGUGGCCCAGGACCAGGGCAACUCUUCCCCCAAAUACGCUCGCUUAACCCUCAACAACAUCCCCUCCGCCUCCGACUUCCUCACUUCUACCGGAUUGCCUCUGGGCAUGGUCCUGCAGCCUCUUGCGCCUUUGGACCCUGGUGAGCAACCGAUCCCCGUGCUGGACUUCGGGGAUAAUGGUCCUCCCCGAUGCCGAAGAUGUCGAACCUAUAUCAACCCGUUCAUGUCUUUCCGAUCUGGCGGCAGCAAAUUUGUCUGCAAUAUGUGCACGUUCCCUAACGAUACGCCGCCCGAGUACUUUUCACCGUUGGACCCAUCCGGUGCGCGUGUCGAUCGUAUGCAGCGCCCUGAAUUGAUGAUGGGAACAGUCGAAUUUACGGUACCAAAGGAAUACUGGAACAAGGAGCCGGUGGGCCUUCAGACUCUCUUUUUGAUCGAUGUCAGCCGUGAGUCGGCUCACCGGGGUUUCCUCAAGGGUGUGUGUGGGGGUAUCAAAGAGGCUUUGUACGGCGAUGGGAAAGAACCGACGGACGGCGCGGAGUCGUCUCGCCAAUUGCCCCCUGGCGCAAAAGUUGGAAUUGUCACCUACGACAAGGAGGUGCACUUCUACAACUUGACUGCAACAUUGGACCAAGCGCAGAUGAUGGUCAUGACUGACUUGGAGGAGCCAUUCGUUCCUUUGAACGAAGGCCUUUUCGUGGACCCUUAUGAAUCAAAGAACGUCAUCACAUCCCUUCUUAGCCGGAUACCCAGCAUUUUCUCUUCUAUCAAGAACCCCGAAUCUGCUUUGCUGCCCACCUUGAAUUCAGCGCUUUCAGCUCUCCAAGCCACCGGUGGCAAGGUCAUUUGCGCUACGGCCACCCUGCCCAACUUCGGUCCCGGGCCUCUAGCUAAUCGAGAGGACCCCAAGCUGCAUGGCACGGAAGGCGAGCGCAAGCUCUUCGCCACGGAAAACCCAGCCUGGAAGAAAACAGCAACCAAGCUUGCCGAGGCCGGUGUUGGUGUUGACGUAUUCAUGGCAGCUCCCGGUGGCGUCUAUCUGGACGUGGCGACAAUUGGACAUGUCUCUAGCCUCACUGGUGGCGAGACUUUCUUCUACCCUAAUUUCCAUGCCCCACGUGACAUUCGCAAGCUGCGAAACGAGCUCACCCAUGCAAUCACUAGGGAGACGGGAUAUCAGACUUUGAUGAAGGUCCGAUGCUCCAAUGGACUCCAGGUUUCCGCUUACCACGGGAACUUUGUUCAGCACACUCUCGGUGCCGAUCUUGAGAUUGCCGGCGUCGACGCUGACAAGGCGAUCGGCGUGCUCUUCAGCUACGAUGGCAAGCUUGAUCCCAAAUUGGAUGCGCACUUCCAGGCUGCACUGCUGUACACCUCUGCAGACGGCCAACGGCGUGUCCGUUGUAUUAACGUUGUGGCGGCAGUCAAUGAGGGAGGCAUGGAAACAAUGAAGUUUGUUGAUCAAGAUGCCGUGGUUUCGGUCAUUGCCAAGGAGGCUGCCUCCAAAACGCUGGACAAGAGCCUCAAGGACAUCAGGGCCAACAUCACAGAAAAGACAAUCGACAUCUUCAGCGGUUAUCGCAAGAUCUUCUCCGGCUCUCACCCUCCCGGCCAGUUGGUUCUGCCGGAGAACCUCAAGGAGUUCUCAAUGUACAUGCUUAGCUUGGUCAAGUCAAGGGCGUUCAAGGGUGGCAACGAAUCCUCGGACCGACGUGUACACGACAUGCGUAUGAUCCGAGCGAUGGGCUGCACCGAGCUCUCAUUGUAUCUCUACCCGCGAAUCAUCCCUGUCCACAACAUGCAGCCGGAGGAUGGAUUUGCGAACGAGCACGGUCAGCUCCAAAUCCCCCCGUCCCUGCGCGCCAGCUUCUCCCGCAUCGAAGAAGGCGGUGUCUACUUGGUGGACAACGGACAAGCCGUCAUCCUCUGGCUGCACGCACAGGUCUCCCCCAAUCUACUGGAAGACCUCUUCGGACCUGGACACGAGGCGCUCCAGGGCCUCAACCCCAACACCUCCUCAUUGCCUGUUCUGGAGACGCAUCUCAACGCCCAGGUUCGUAACCUGCUGCAAUACCUCUCGACCGUGCGCGGAUCGAAAUCCGUGACGAUCCAACUCGCCCGUCAGGGCCUGGAUGGGGCGGAGUACGAAUUCGCCCGGCUCCUGCUGGAGGACCGGAACAAUGAGGCGCAAAGCUACGUUGACUGGUUGGUGCAUAUCCACCGCCAGAUUAAUUUGGAGCUGGCUGGUCACCGUAAGAAGGAAGAGACCGGCGAAAGUACCCUGGCUAGUCUGUCUGCUAUGCGAGCUCCGUAUUGGUGA